CCAAGAUUCAAAUUGUGUUGCUAGGUAUGGUUUAUGGUCUGCAAAGCCCACCAUUCUAUUCGUAAUUGCCAAGGCAAUUCCAAUACAUUAGACUAUAUAUAUAUAUAUAUCUCAGCAAUCCGCCAUGUCAGCUUUUGUAAUAUGGAUUAUAUUUCAUGGCCUUCCCUCUAUAUAAGUUACGAUUAAUCUAACUCAAGACGAUUACAUUCAGUGUAAAUUGCAAGUGGUUCAAACAUCGUCUGGAUUAGUUUAUGUUCCUGAGGAAUUCCAUGAGCAUUAAUUCAUGAAGAAACUCUAUAAUCUAGCCAGAAAUACCAAGGAGUCAUGGGAUGUCUUGGAUGUUUUGCAGCACUGUACAGCAAAAAAAUCUAUUGCAAUAGGCAAACAGAUCCAUGCACAUAUCACCAAAACUGGAAUACAUAAUGAUGUUCUCGUGGGAAACCAUCUCAUCAACAUGUAUUCAAAAUGCUGCAGUUUGAAGGAUGCACGCCAAGUGUUUAACCUAAUGUCUGAACGAAAUCUGGUGUCCUGGAAUACCAUGAUUACAGCAUAUGCCAACAGCGAUAAUGGCAUAGAAGCCAUCGAAAUUGUCUGGAAAAUGCAGCAAGAAGGAGUCACAGUAGACAUGUACACGUUUACAAGUGCAGUCCAUGCGUGUGCCUGCGCUUCAGCUCUAAGUGAGGGAAUGCAAGUUCACGGUUUGAUUGUUAAGAACCUCGUUGAGUCCAAUGUUUUCGUGGAGAGUGCCCUUGUAGACAUGUAUGCGAAAUGCAAUAGAAUUGAGGAUGCACGCCAAGUGUUUAACAAAAUGCAUGAUACGGAAAUUGUCUCAUCGAAUGCAAUGAUUGCAGGUUAUGUCUCUAAUGGUGAGGAUGAGGAGGCAUUGGUUAUUUUCAGGCAGGUGCAGCGUAACGGCUUGAGUCAAAAUCAGUUUACUCUUUCUAGCGCCCUGAGUGCUUGUUCCAGUCUCGCAGACAUGCAAGAGGGUAUCCAGGUGCAUUCUGUGGCAAUUAAAACUGGAUUCCAGCCUCAUGUCUUUGUGGGCACUGCUCUUGUUGACAUGUAUGCCAAAUGUGGAAGCAUAGACGAUGCAUAUAACGUGUUUGACAGAAUGCCAGAGCGAAAUGUUGUGGCAUGGAAUGCAAUGAUUAAAGGAUAUGCUCAACAUGGCCGAGGAAAUGAGACAAUCCAACUAUUUGAGCAGAUGCAGGAGGCAUUGAUGAAACCAAAUGAAAUCACAUUUAUUUGUGUCCUGUCUGCAUGCAGUCAUGCAGGCCUGGUGAAUGAAGGCCGACUAUAUUUUGAUUCCAUGGUACGAAAUUAUGGCAUCACGCCAAACAUAAGACACUAUGCCUGCAUGGUUGACUUGCUUGCUCGUGGUGGACAUCUUCAAGAGGCAGAAGAUUUGAUCAACAAAAUGCCAUUUGAACCUAAUGCUGCCAUUUGGGGAGCUAUACUGGGAGCUUGUAGAAUUCAUGGCAAUAUGGAGUUAGCAGGACGUGCUGCAGAAUGCCUAUUCAAGCUGGAACCACACAAUGCUGCAAAUCAUGUGCUUCUAUCAAAUACUUAUGCUGCAGCUGGUAGGUGGGAUGAUGUAGAAAAGGUGUGGAAACUGUUGAAGGAAAGUGGGAUGAAGAAAGAACGAGGGCUAAGUUGGAUUGAGGCCAAAAACAAGGUGCAUGUAUUUGUUGUUGGAGAUAGAUCACACCGACUAACAGAGGAAAUAUAUUCAAUGUUAGAGAGAUUGACUGAGCAGAUGAGAGAAUCUGGAUAUGUUCCUAAAACUACCUUUGCACUACAUGAUGUAGAAGAGCAACAUAAGGAACACCUCCUUGGUCACCACAGUGAAAAAUUGGCUCUUGCUUUUGGACUUAUCAUUCUACCUCCUGAGGUAACCAUUCGAAUCAAGAAGAAUCUUCGUAUGUGUGGAGAUUGUCACACAGCCUUCAAGUUCAUAUCAAAUAUUUCCAUGCGAGAAAUUAUUGUGAGGGACACAAAUCGUUUUCAUCAUUUCAAGAGUGGUCUGUGCUCCUGUGGAGACUAUUGGUGACUGAAAAAUACUGUUCGCAAGAUUUUACUCUUAACUGGUCCCCAUAUGGCUUCUGUAAAGAAAUUGCAUAUUUGAUAGAAACUGGAAAUUGAGAUAUUCUGCGAGAUGUUCUCUGUAAACCACCCAAGUAAGGAGUUGAUGCAAGUAGAGAAUCAGAGAUUGAACAGUGGGCAGUGUGGAAGCAGGAGGGUAAAAGUUGCAGAUGCUCUGAAGCAUCCUGAGAGAAAUGGGAAAAAAAAUUACAAUUGCCUCUGGUAUCCUAUUAAGAUGGAAUUUAAAAUGUUCAGCGCAAAGGCAAAUGCUUUACCACUUGGAUUUGAAAUUAGACUAUAGUUUGGCAUGUCACUGGCAGAUCUGAAAGCCUACUCACACUAUUAUGCAACAAUGCGAAAUAUUGUGAAAACUAAAGCAGAAGGUCAUAGCUUUAAUUGAUGUGUUUAAGGCAAAUAUGCAGUUUGUGUAAGCUUUAUCGCGCCGGAUGAUGAUGUUUUGCUUGGAAAGUGGCUCCAGUUUUGGGGGAUCCCUUGAAUUUUUUGGCAACCUUGCAGAUUGUGUUGAAGAAUUAGCAGCUCAUAAUGGAGUUACAGAGGCCUUCAUGUGGCCGUUUCUGUGAUUCAUGAGAAGAAUACCACCCAGCUAUAUCUGCUGGUAAAGAAGUAUGAUUGGCAAGGAUAAGCCAAAUCAAUGCAAGCUCUAUGUCUUAACCAUAGUGUCAGAUUGAGCUAUGCCUAAUACAAAGAUACACAGUGAAUAGGUUGUCUACGCAAGAUUAAUUUAAUAUAGAAUCCAGUGGCCAAUUUAGUCUAUUUUUAUAGUCUUAGGGCUGAAUUGGAGACUUUUUUAUAGCGAAUUUGAGCCUGAUAAAUGGAAGAGAAUUUUUGAAUAAGCUGUAUUGUAAUUUAUUGUUGAAGGGUUCCUUUCAUGUUUCCAUCUUUUUCCUCAUCCCUUUUUAUUUCUGAUCUUGGUGCCCAUAAAAAUAGGGGCUAUUGAUUGACCUAGCAAUGAUGAGUAUAUUUUAGAGAGUCCAUAAAAAAUCA